CUCAUCUCCAUUAAAGGUCAGCAGAGCAACCAACUAUAGAAGAAGGUUAAGCCUGCGUUUUAGUGAGAGAGAGAGAGAUAGAGAGAGAAAGCGUCAUGGAUUUCUCCGCUCUUCUGCAACCUACACCCAUGUUGAUCUUCUUUGUGCUUCCGUUACUGUUCUUACUUGGCGUAUUGGUAAGGACACGAAGGAAACUACCAUACCCGCCGGGACCUAAAGGGUUACCCAUCAUUGGAAACAUGAACAUGAUGGAUCAACUCACUCAUCGUGGACUUGCCAAACUCGCCAAACAAUAUGGUGGUCUCUUACAUCUUCGACUGGGCUUCCUUCAUAUGGUGGUGGUUUCCACACCAGAGAUGGCUCGCCAUGUCCUUCAACUUCAGGACAACAUCUUCUCCAAUCGUCCAGCCAACAUAGCCAUUAAAUACCUAACCUAUGAUCGUGCCGACAUGGCUUUCGCACACUACGGCCCCUUCUGGCGUCAGAUGCGUAAGAUCUGCGUGAUGAGACUCUUUAGUCGCAAACGCGCUGAGUCAUGGGCAUCUGUAAGGGAUGAAGUGGAGUCGAUGAUCCGCACGGUGGCGUCGAAAGCCGGCAAGCCUAUUAACAUCGGGAAGCUCGUGUUCUCCCUUACGAUGAACAUCACCUACAGGGCCGCUUUCGGUUCGGAUCUUUUGGAGGGACAAGAGAAGUUUGUGUCUAUAUUGCAGGAAUUCUCGAAGCUCUUUGGUGCUUUCAAUUGGGCUGAUUUCAUCCCCAUGCCAAGCAUGGUCCACCCUCAGGCUCUCCACCAGAGACUCGUCAAGGCCCGGAAGUCGCUCGACGUUUUUAUCGACAAGAUCAUCGACGAACACUUAGCCAAGAAGAAGAACGGCGCCACCCGAUCCGACGAUGCCGACAUCGACAGUGACAUGGUUGAUGAUCUCCUCACUUUCUACAGCGAAGAGGCCAGGAAAAGUGGUGAAUCGGAUGACUUGCAAGCUUCCAUCACCCUCACCAAAGAUAACAUCAAAGCCAUAAUCAUGGAUGUGAUGUUCGGGGGAACUGAAACGGUGGCAUCGGCGAUAGAGUGGGCCUUGGCGGAGAUGAUGAAGAGGCCAGAAGAACUGAAGAGAGUGCAACAAGAACUUGUCGACGUAGUCGGACUGGAGAGGAGGCUCCAAGAAACAGACUACGAGAAGCUUACUUACUUCAGAUGCGCAAUGAAGGAGACGCUCCGGCUCCACCCGCCGAUCCCGCUCCUGCUCCACGAAACCGCUGAGGAUGCGGAAGUGGCAGGAUUCGCGAUCCCAAAAGGGGCGCGCGUGGUUAUUAACGCUUAUGCUAUUGGAAGGGACAAAGAUUCGUGGGACGAACCGGACACGUUCAUGCCAUCACGGUUCCUGAGGGAGGGAGCACCCGACUUCAAGGGGAGCAACUUCGAAUUCGUGCCGUUCGGGUCGGGUCGGAGGUCAUGUCCAGGUAUGCAGUUGGGUUUAUACGCUCUAGAAUUGGCCGUGGGUCAUCUGCUCCAUUGCUUUACAUGGGAAUUGCCCGACGGGAUGAAACCCAGCGAACUCGACAUGAACGAUGUCUAUGGACUCACCGCUCCCAGAGCGGUUCAACUCGUGGCUGUACCGACUCCUCGACUCAGUCUUCCUCUUCUCUGAGUUCUCUCACUCACCCAUAUGGCCUUCGCUUCAGAGAGAGGAGGGGGGUAUGAGGUAGAACGAUGACUCCUGCAACUUGGAAGUUAAAUCUUGAUUUUCUUUCUAUCUUUUCUCCAUGAUGAGUCCAUGGUUGCUCUUGCUCUCCAUGGUCUAUCCAUUUUAUUCUUAAUUCUUAUAUAUAUAUAAAAGAAGAACAGAAAAGAUGUGUUUUAUUUUUUUC